AUGAGAGUCAAUCGCCAAUCCCCAGCGGGUCGAGCCAAUUUUCGGUUUCUUAUCUCCCUACUUCUCAAUCUCGCGGUCGCAGUUUUCGUCUUGAGCGAUCUCAAGGGCGCGCGAGACCUGAUACUGGGCGCGGAAUCGGAGGACUUGACAGCUGAAGUGGCCUCCCCGGGGCGGCCUGAUCGUUCAGAGACUGCUGUCUCAGUUCUGAAACCGCGCGCCUGCAAGCCAUGCGAAUUUACACCGGCGCUUUGUGCCGAGAUCGGAGAUUAUAAUGUCGCCAGGGCUAUAGAUAGUAUCAGCGCAAAUAAUCGACUACGACGCGUUCUGGCGAAGAUUCGCGCGGGUCAACCGUUCGACUUCGCCGUUCUGGGGGGAUCAGCUUCUCUGGGCCAUGGUAUACCAUACGGAAAGGAGCAUAGUGACCCAGAUUUUGACCCAGCGAAUAGCAGGGCGAAUCUGCACCGAAUCAUCUUUGACUAUCUCGCAGGUUUGGCCCCUCAGCCCAAGGAGGUGGUUAUAGGCGCGAGCGGGAAGAAGGAGGGCAAGAACGGCUACAUUAACGGAUCAAAGGCUGGUACAGGUUCCGGAUACUUUGCGUACUGCUUUCCAGAACAUAUACCGGAGGAUGUCGACGUUGUCGUCAUAGAGCUGGGCAUCAACGAUGAGCUGCUUCUUCAGAACUUGGACACAUACGAGUUCAUGGUCCGGGGCGUUUUGGAUCUUCCAAAUAAGCCCGCCGUCAUCUACGCACACAUAUUCAAUCUGCUGUUCAACACGAUGUCUUCCGGGGGAGAUCUACACCGCGGUCUGAACCGAUACUACAAUAUCCCCAUGAUCAGCUCGCGGGACGCCAUGCUGAGCACCAUUCUGCAGGACAACACCUUGGUGGAGAAGGUCUUUACUCGAGAGCGGGGUACGCCUGGAGAUGGCGACUACAGUGCUCUGGACCUUCGACACAUUUCCACAUACGGGCACCAUAUCACUGGCGGACUGGUCAGCGCGUACAUUGGCAUGCAGCUGUGCGACAUGGAGUCGGAAAGCGAGAUGCGAGGCGAUGCGACUGUAGCGGACGUCAACGUCCUGUAUCCCAUCGAGCCUAUCCCUCGGAUGCGGUUGGGAACGAAGUGGGACCCCGACACCAAACUUGAAACGCUACAUCCCAGUUGCUUCUCAAUGGACUCGAAGAAGCAUCCUCUUGUACCAAAGGCGCAGAAGGGAUGGCGCAAAUGGAACUGGAAGGAGAAGUACUACUGGAUAUCAACCGACCCCGGAUCUACCAUCUCUUUUGACUUCAGGACAAUCGUUGGCGAGGUAUCUAUCCACUACCUUCGAUCCCAGACAUUCGGGCUCGGCGAUCUUUACUGCUGGGUGGACAACGACCGUAGCAAAGACACGCGUAUGGAGGGCUGGUGGCCGCUGGAGUUCAACAUCGCGCAGCACAUGGAAAUCCAGGGUCUCUCCCCUGGAGCUCACGUUUUGAACUGCGAAUUGACUCCAGACACGCAUGACCCGAACGGUGGCCACGAGUUCCGUCUGAUUGGGUUGACAAGGUGA